AUGUAUUCUUUUUUGUUCUUUCCAGUAUUUCUUCUAGUUUUAUUGGUGACAACAUGUACUCCCACUAAUCCAUCAGUGGAAUGGAAACAAGACUGGAGCGGUGAGUUACCAAUGGGUGGAACUGGAAUGCAUAGAGGUUGGGUUGGGUUUGGCUCUGAUCAUGAUGGUGGAAAGUAUGUGGAAAAUGGAUGGCAAAAUUCAUGGCAGUCUGGAAAUAGUGGUGGGAAUUCUGCUUCAAAUAAGAAACAAACCUUAGAUGACAAAUGGGACACAGCAGACAAAGGCAAAUGGUUAUGGGGUAAUGGUGGAAGUCGUAGUUGGGGUAAAUGGGGCAUGGGUACGGGAAAACAUGAUAAAAAUGGGCAAUGUUGUUGGUAUUGA